UUUCUUUGUAUCGGCAGGCAUAUUAUUUUUGUUAUAUUUAUUUAGUCCCUCCACUCACUCACUCAGCCCUGCGAAUGAGUCCAAACCAGAGAAAAAUGGAACCGGGACCAGAAACGUCCAGCCACGCCACCACCCCUCUCAUCCGAGCCCCACGGUGGCGCCACCGUCUCGCCGGCCUCCCAUGCUCCACUAGCCUCCGCCUGAAGGCCACCGUGUGGCAGGAGCUUGGCGGCUCCGUCGGCGACCUUGGCACCUUCAUUCCCAUCGUGCUGGCCCUGACCCUGGUCUCCCACCUGGACCUGGGCACCACCCUCAUCUUCACCGCCCUCUACAACAUCGCCACCGGCCUCCUCUUCGGCAUCCCCAUGCCCGUCCAGCCCAUGAAGUCCAUCGCCGCUGUUGCCGUCUCCGAGUCCCCCCACCUCACCGUCCCCCAAAUCGCCGCCGCCGGCAUCUCCACCGCGGCUGUCCUCCUCCUCCUUGGCGCCACUGGUCUGAUGUCCUUCUUCUACCGCGUCAUCCCCCUCCCCGUCGUCCGUGGCGUCCAGCUCUCCCAAGGCCUCUCCUUCGCCUUCUCCGCCAUCAAAUACAUCCGCUACAACCAAGAUUUCGCCACCGGCAAAUCCGGAUCCCCCCGUUCCUGGCUCGGCCUCGACGGCCUAAUUCUGGCCCUUUUGUCACUAUCCUUCGUAAUAUUGUCCACCGGCUCGGGAGACUCAGUCGACAACGAUCAAACCCACAAUCUCUAUCAGUCUCAGUCUCAAUCUGAACGCCGCGUUCGUCAAAGACUGCGGAUUCUGUCGGCCAUUCCGGCGGCUCUCAUCGUGUUCAUCUUUGGGUUAGUUUUGUGCUUUCUUCGUGACCCUUCAAUCUUCAGCGAUGUCCAACUGGGUCCGUCCAAGAUCCACUUAGUCAAACCCUCGUUGGAGGAUUGGAAAAUUGGAUUUUUCAGAGCCGCAAUCCCUCAAAUCUCGUUAUCGGUACUGAACUCCGUGAUAGCCGUCUGCAAACUAUCGGCCGAUCUGUUUCCCGAACGGGAAGUGUCGGCAACGGCGGUUUCGGUGAGCGCAGGGGCCAUGAAUCUGGUCGGGUGCUGGUUCGGGGCGAUGCCGGUGUGCCACGGCGCCGGCGGGCUUGCCGGCCAGUACCGGUUCGGCGGGCGGAGCGGCGCGUCGGUGGUGUUUCUGGGGACCGGAAAGCUGGUGCUGGGGCUGGUUUUCGGGAACUCGUUCGUGAAGAUAUUGGGCCAGUUUCCGAUAGGGAUUCUGGGGGUGCUCUUGCUGUUUGCCGGGAUUGAAUUAGCCAUGGCUUCCAGAGACAUGAAGACGAAAGAAGAGUCGUUUGUGAUGCUGGUUUGUGCGGCUGUUUCACUGACGGGGUCCAGCGCCGCUUGGGGAUUUGGGUGCGGAAUUGUGCUGUUUUUGCUGCUGAAACUGAGGCAAAUGGAUUGCCAUGGUUACUGCUCCAAGCUCCUCAAAUUCAAGCCCAGCUCCUCUGUUCAGAAUGAAGAGGAUGCGGAGAUUGGCCACUCCCAAUCCUCAAAUUGAGCUGAUGCAAUUAUGAUUGGGUUCUCCAUAGAAUUGGUUGUAUAUAUAAGCAGUUCAAGUUUUAAGUUACAGAAUCUGUAGAUUGCCUUCUUGGGAUUACUAUCUUUUACACGAUCUCCCGGCACUCGUGUUCUUGAGAUUAUUGUCUUUACGUGGUCUCUCGACAUUCGUAUUUUUUAUUUUGAUAGAGGAGAUAAAUCGCAGGUGGAGACUUUAUCUCAUUGCGCAGGACAAAAAAUCGAACUUACGAUCUACUGGUACGAAUCUUAGUUUAUCGUGACCCAAUCACUUAAUUUGUGCUCUAGAGACUGUAGAUCGCCUUCUUGUUUAUGCGAUAAUGUGGCUUUUGAGGAAAUUUGUUAGUGAUGUGUUCUAAUAUUAGAUUUAUAUGAUGUCUCAUAUGUGUGAUAUUAAUUCAUAUGAUGUAUUUUUGUAUAUCUUAAUAAAAAUGCAAGCUUAUCAUUAUUUAUUAC